AUGGUGACUCUACCUGACCUUUGGCUGAAACCACCUGAAUUUGGGGUGGAGGAGGAGCUUCAGGAGCAGGAGUUCCUGGAUCGCUGCUUCCAGGAGAUGCUGGACGAAGAAGACCAGGACUGGUUCAUUCCAUCCCGCGACCUGCCUCACGGCAUCGGGCAGCUCCAGCAGCAGCUGAACGGACUCUCGGUCAGCGAGAACACCCACAGCCACAUCACGGAAGACAUUUUGAGCAAAAGCACCUUAAACCCGGACGCCAAGGAGUUCGUCCCUGGGGUGAAGUACUGAGCCCUCCGGUCUCCUUCCUAAAGACUUUUUUUCUGCUGUGGGUGGGUGGGGGGAUG